AAGCAAUAAAGUAACCAAAUGGUUUAAACAAUUUUUUCCGUCUCAUUUAAUCAGAAGUCACACUUCUAUAUAACAUAAAUUGUCGUGAUCUUGAAUUUUUCCUUCCACUGUUCAUUUGGAUAUCGACCUUUUUGUUUGUUGCCAUUUUUUUUCUAUACAAUCUACAUAAAAAAAAAAUUGCUCAAAAAAAAUUUUUUUUCAUUUCAUUCAAAUUAAUUAAAAUUUCCUAAUUUUCGAAAAAUUAAAGUGUUUUUAAAGUGAAUAAAAAAAAAAUAAAAAAAAUGACAAGUCAAGACGAUAAAAUUCUUGAAGAAAAAGAGUGCAUUGAAAUAAUUGAAAAAAAAUUACGUCAAGAAUCAUUGAAUGAAUUUUAUCUAAUUUCCCAUGAAAUUGUUCAACUUGAAGAAGUAAAAGGAUAUAUGGGACAAUAUUUUAUAUUAAGUGCAACAAUUGCAAAUUCCAAAUUACCAAAUGAUGAAAGAAAAAUUAAAUUUUUCACCAAAAUUCCACCACCAAAAAAUAGUCCAAUGUAUGAAUUUGAUAAACAAAUGGGAGCAUUCAAAAAAGAAGCUGCAUUCUACAAUCAUUUUUCACCAAAAGUAUUUAAUGGUAUUUAUAAAAAAUUUAUACCCGAAUGUUUUUUUUGCACAAGAGACGAAGUUAUUGUACUUGAAGAUAUGACACAAAUUGGUUUUAUGCCAAUCAAUAAAUUUGUACCAUUUGAUUUUGAUCAUUGUACAGUGAUGAUAAAAACAUUGGCUAAAUUUCAUGUGAAAUCAUUGAUAUUUGAAGUGAAAAAUAAAAAAAAUCUUCAAGAAAAUUUUUCACAUUGCAUGAAAGAAUCAUUGUGGGAUUUAAAUAAAAGUUAUUCAAAAUUAUUAUGCGAUGCUGCUAUUAAGGGUGCAAUUUCAUUAGUUGAUUUAAUAACAGAAUUAAAUGAUGAAUCAAAAUUGUUGUUUAAAAAAAAAAUGAAGACACUGUCAAUUGAUCGUGUUUUAAAAUUAUCACCAUCAUUAAAAUAUAAAAAUGUUUAUUGUCAUGGUGAUCUUUGGGCAAAUAAUAUUCUCUAUAAAUAUGAUUCAAAUAAAAAUCCAAUUGAAUGUUGUCUCGUUGAUUUUCAACAUGCGAGAUACAAUCCUCCAGCUCAUGAUCUAUUGUCAGCACUUCAUUAUACAACGACAAGAAAAAUAAGGGAUGAUUAUUCAAAUAAAUUUUAUAAAAUUUAUUACAAUUCAAUGGCAAAAUAUUUAAUUCGUGUUGGUAUGAAAAUUGAGAAUAUUUUUCCUUGGGAUGAAUUUAUGAAAUCUAUUGAUGAUCAAAAAAUCUCAUCAUUGGUAUUUGGGGUUUUAAAUAUGCCAAUAAUGUUAUUGGAACCAGAGGCAGCAAAUAAAUAUUUUGCCGAAAAACCCGAACUUUUGGAAAGUAUUCUCUAUGUUGAUCGAACACCUUUGAUUUGUGAACAAUUUCAAAAAGUUCCACAUUAUAGAGAAAGAAUUUCAGAAGCUUACAUUGAAUUGUACGAUUAUAUUAAUAAAUUAGAAUUAUUAAUAUAAAUUGAUAAAAAAAAAAGAAAAUAAUAUUAAACAUAAAAAAAUACGCAUCUGACAAAUAUUGUCUUUUACAACUGAUACUAAAUUAUUUUUUUCAGAAUUCUGAAAAAAUUCUGUCUGACUAAAAACAACUUUUAGUACUAAAUAAAAAAAUUUUCCUUACUAGACUUUUGAAAAUUUCUAUCUAACUAAAAAUGUCUUUUACUACUAAAUACUAAAAUUUUCAUUAUUAAAUUUCUGAAAAUUUUUGUCUGACUUAAAUCUUGUUUACUACUAAAUACUAAAUUUUUCAUUAUUUUUCUGAAAAUUUUGACAGAAAGUAAUUUUUGUCGAUGUCAAUUUGAAAAAAAAUAAGGCUGACCAAAAAUUGAUAUUACUACUGCAGAAAAAAAUAAUACCAAUUUGUCUAACUAAAACUUACUUCUACUACUUAUAUCAAAAUUAAUAGAGUUAAAUUUUUUUUUUUACUACUGACGUCAAUCGUUACAGAAAUUUCACAUGACUAUAACUGACUAUAUUACUUCUAAGAUAAAAAUUACAAGAAUUCGAAAAAUUUAUACUAUUAAAAAUUAAUUACUGAUCAAAAACUAAAAAUUUAUCCUUUUUAAACAAAAAAAAGUACAAAUUUUUUUUUAAAAAGUGUCUGACUAAAUCAUAAUUUUACUACUGAAAAUAAAAAUUAUAAAAAUAUGUAAAUUUUGUUCCUUAUGAAAUUAAGUAUUACACUCAGAAAAAAAUUCGUUUGAAGCAAUCAAAUUUUGAUUAAAUCAACAAAAUAAAUGCAUUGAUAUACAGUUAACCAAACAUUUGGUUGGCAUAAACCAAACGUUUAUAUUUAGCUCAAUCAAAUUUUUUCUUUGUUCAAAAAAUUUAUUAAAAUAAACCAAACAGUUAUUUAGAUCAAAUAAAUAUUUAUUUGACUUAAACAAAUUUUGUUUGAACUAACCAAAAAAUUGGGUAAAUAUAAAAAAAUGGUACAUUUGGUUUUUUUUUCUGAGUGUAAUAAUAAUGAAUACAAUAAUAAAAAUUUGAAAUACUUUCCUCUUAUUAAAACUUACCUUUUUCUACUUUACUUUUUUCUUUUAAAAUUUUGUCUCGACAAAAUUGUCCUCUGAUAUGAAAAUGUCGAGAAAAAAAAAAUUUCAAUAUAAUAUCUAUACUAUUAAUAAAAAUUUAAUAGAAAAAUUUAUCAAUAUUUUUUUUUUUUGAUUUCACAUGCAAAAUUAUUAGAAAUAAAAACCAAUGAAGAAAUAACUUUGAAAAGAAAGAAAUUUUAUAUUUAUUUUACGAAAUACGAUGGUGUGCGGAAAUUUAAAGAUCAAUAUACAAACUUCGUACUCGGUUUUUUUUUUUUUAAAUAUUUUAUAUAUACACAAAAAAGGAUCACAUUAGACAUUAUAACCGUAGGCAAAAGGGGUUUGGGGUGGGUGUUUAGGAGAAAGGUUAAAAUUGGCUUAGAAUUUUUUUUUUUCAUAUAAAAAACUUCAAUUGGGUAUUUUCCAUGAAAAAUUGGGACAAACGCAGCACGGUUUUUUUUUUUUUUUUAAGUUUUAUGUAUAUAAUUAUUUAUAUCAUCAAUUAUAAUGAAUAUAAUUAUGUACAAUAUUGAAUCUCAUUCUUUAACAAUAACAUCAACAACAUGAUUAAACAACGUUCCUCAUUGGUACACAAAUUGUAAAUUUACAGAUAAAAAAGCAUUAAGAUGAGGUCAAUGAGGCAUAUUAAAGGUGGCUCACGCUCUGCGCGCCUAUAAUUAUUAUUAUUAUUAAUAUAUUAAUUUUUUUUAUACAUCUUAAUGAAUCCUCAUUUUAUUAUUUUAAAUCAUCUUCUUUUUUUCUGUUUUUCUUCUCCUUUUUUUUCUUUUUAUUCUUAUAUUUAUAUUUAUAUAUAUAUAUAUAGAUAUACAUACAUACAUACUAUUCACAUACAUACACGCAAAUGCAACCCACGAGAUAUGAUUAUAAAGGACGAUGAAUUGAUUGAAUCAGUGCAUGAUUUAAUUAUUAUAAAGAGAGUGCGCGAAUAAUUUCUCGGCACCUCUCAGCGAGCUCUAUAUUGUGUAUUACUGAUUCGAGAAUUUUAUCUUAAAAAAAAAAAUUGAAUUUUUUUAUAUCGUAACAUUUUUUUUUUUAAAUAGAAAAAUUAUUAUUUUCAUAUAACAAAUUAUGUUAUUCAAAUGAUUUUUCAUGGUAAAAAAAAUGAGUUUUUGGAAAAAAUUUAAAAAAAAUUUUUUCUUUUCAAAGUAACUAUAAAUAUUUAAAUUUCGAAUCAGCAAUUGUGCUAGAAAGCUCACUAUGAGGUGUAUAAACACGAUCAUUCUAAACUUCUAUACACAAGGCUUUCAUAUAAUAAAUUGAUGAACGUCUUGUUUAAAUCUAAUGCACAAAAACUGUUUUUUCCUGUUUUUUUAUUUUUUUUUUUGGUUUUGUAAUUCCUUUAAAGCGAACAAGUUAAUAUUCAUUUUAUUAGCAUUGAAAAUAUUUACCCCCCCCCCAAAAAAAAACAAAUUAAAAUAUGAUUUAAAUUUUGAAAAAACAAUUUUUUUUUAUAAACUUUGUACAAUUUUUUUUUUCUGUAAAAUACCAUUUUUUGCCAAAAGACAACAAAGUGUGUGAAUAUUUUAACAAAUGUAUUUUUUUCCAUUUCAUGAGUCAUUGUUAGGAAAACAUUUAUCCAGGCAUGUGAAAGAAGAAAAAAAUUUUGUAAACAAAUAUAUAUAUGAUAUGUGCAUAUACGAUUUUGUGAAAGGCUUAUCUUUACUUUUUUUUUUAUUCAAAGGCUUUGGAAAACACAUUUGUGAUUUAAAAAAUUAAACUAAUGCUUAUUUUUUUGGCAGUUUCUGUUGGUCUAAUUAUAUUCAUAAAAAAAAGUCGAACAUUAUUUUUAAAUGAGUCAAAAAAAAAACACACAUUUUAAUGUUCGAUUUUUCCUAUAUAUAAUUUUUAAAUAUAAGUCUUAUGUUUUUUUUUUUGGAAAAUGUUUUUUAAUCUAAACAAAAGGUUGUUUUUUUAAAAUGUUUUCCUAAUUAACUCGUCAUUCGUACAAUAAUGAAAUAUUUAUUCAUAUAUAUAUAUAUAUUUUUUUAUAUUCCCAAUGAUGCUAUGACUUUUUCGCUAUAAAAUACAUUCCAUUUAUAAUAAUAUUUUGUAAUAUAUUAAAAAAUUUAACAGUCCAUAAACUGUGCUUUCUUUUUCAUUGAUAAACUAUCCUGAAAUUUAACUCGAGUUUUUUAAAUUGGAUUUUUAUUUUUAAUAUUUAGAAAAAUUUUACAGAUUUAGGAUUAUGUUUUUAGAAUUAUAUUUUUUAUAUAAUUAAUAUAAUUGUCUAUAAUAUAUAUAUAUAUAAACUGAGAAAUAGUACGCAUUUCUAUAUUUUAACAAGAAUUCGAGAUCAGUGUGCGUAUAUAAUUAGACAUUAUUUUUAUUACAUUAUUUACCUACAGUUAACAAGUGUCUAGCUAGAUUUUUCAGUGAUUAACGUCUAAUAAAUUAAAUCUCAUUUUUUUUUUUUUUCAAUAAA